UAUAGAAACGGGAUUCCAUGUAAUUAAGAGAUUCCUGAAACUUUUUGAAGUGGUCGCCAGCUGCAGAACACAAUCAUUGACUUCACAUAAUCAUUCAACUUUACAAUCUCUCAACACUGCAAACCCAAGCAAGCAACAUAAUUACAGCAGUUACUCCACUUUACCAUACACCAAAACUCUAUAAUCUUGGAACACACACAGCAUGGCUAUGGAACUUGUUGCUGGACCUUUAAUGGGAGCUGUUUUCAAUGUGUUGCUUGAAAGGAUAGCUUCCACUGAGGUUGUCAACUUCUUCAAGAACAAAAACUGUGAGAAGUUGCUCAAAAGGUUGAAGAUCAUCUUGCUGUCAGUGAAUGUUGUUCUCAAUGAUGCUGAGGAAAAGCAAAUGAAAAAUGGGGCAGUGAAGGAGUGGCUUGAGGAACUCAAAGAUGUGGCCUUUGCUGCUGAGGACCUACUUGAUGAGAUCUACACUGAUGCAAAGAUGAAGGCAAAACAGGUAAACACACUCCACACUGGUCCUGUCAGUUUUUAUUGUAAAGGGGUUGAAGAGAAAAUUGAAGAUGUUCAUGAGAGAUUAGAGUUUAUCAUGAGACAGAAAGAAGUGCUUGAUCUGAAGGUGGGUAAGGAAGUCAAAAUGUCACAGAAGACUCCAACCUCAUCUGUAAUGGAAGCAUGUGAUGUGUACGGAAGGGAUAAUGAUAAAGAAUCCUUGGUUGACUUGGUGUUGACUCAUGAUGAGAAAAUAGGUGUUAUUCCCAUUGUUGGAAUGGGAGGAAUUGGAAAAACCACCUUAGCUCAACUGAUAUACAAUGAUCAAAGAGUGCAGAAGGAGUUUGAUCUCAAAGCCUGGAUUUAUGUCUCUGAGGAAUUUGACAUUUGUAAGAUUACAAAAACCCUUUUGGAGGCUGUCACGUCUUGUAGUUGUGACACUGAGGAUUUAAAUUUUCUGCAGAGGGAUCUCAAAAUGCAUGUAAUGAAGAAAAAGUUUUUGUUUGUGUUGGAUGACGUGUGGAACGAAAAUUAUGACAAUUGGGACAAGUUCAGGAGUCCAUUUAAGCAUGCAGGGGAACAUGGAAGUAAGAUUAUUGUAACUACUCGAAGUGGGUGUGUUGCAUCCAUCAUGCAGACUGUUUCACCCUAUAAUCUCAGAGAGUUGUCAAAUGAAGAUUCCUGGAAUUUAUUUUCAAAACACGCAUUUGAUUAUGGUGAUUCAAGUUUGCAAUUGCAUCAAAGUUUAGACAAAGUUGGGAGAGAAAUAGUGAGGAAGUGCAAAGGGUUGCCUUUGGCUGUGAAGACACUUGCAGGACUUUUGAGGUGUAAAAGUGAUAGACAAGAAUGGUGUAAAGUACUGAACAGUGAGAUAUGGGAUUUGCAUGAUUCUGAGAGUAACAUUCUUCCGGCUUUGAGAUUAAGCUACCAUUACCUCCCAUCACAUUUGAAGAGAUGUUUUGCUUAUUGUGCAAUUUUCCCAAAAGAUUAUGAAUUUGAGAAGGAGAACCUGGUUUUGUUGUGGAUGGCAGAGGGUUUUCUCCAACAAUCCAAAAGACAUAGAAGAAUAGAAGAAGUUGGCAAUGAGUACUUCUGUGAACUAGUAUCUAGAUCAUUUUUCCAGCAAUCAAGGCGUGGCAAGUCAUGUUUUCUAAUGCAUCACCUUGUAAAUGAUUUGGCUCAGUUUGUGUCAGGAACAUUUUCUAUCAGAAUGGAAUGUAGCAAUACUAAUGAAAUCAAAGAAAGAACUCGCCAUUUGUCCCACAUUAUUGCAGAUAGUUCCUCAUACGUAAACCUGAAAGAUGCUAGCAAAGCAAAUUGCUUACGCACUUUUCUGCAAAUAAGACCAGUAGGUACAUCCAUUGAUUUGUUCAACAACAUGCCAAAUGAUCUGUUAACAAAGUUAAGGUGCUUAAGGGUGCUAUCUUUGGUAGGUACACAUAUCUAUAGCUUACCUAAUUCAGUAGGUGAACUAAAGCAUCUCCGCUAUCUGGAAGUGGCUGAUACUGAGAUUGUGAGGUUACCCAAAUCCAUCUGCAGCUUGUUCAAUUUACAAACUCUCAAGUUAGUUGGAUGUCACAAUCUUAUUGAACUGCCAGCAAGUAUUCAUAAGCUUGUUAACCUGCGCCACUUGGAUAUCAGAGGAACAAGUUUAAGGUGGAUGCCAUUGCAAAUCAAUGAGUUAAACAACCUCCAAAAUUUGAGUGACUUUUUUGUGGGAAAGGGGUGUGGAUCUUCCAUCGGUGAAUUGGGUGAGCUAUCAUGCUUACAUGGAGAAUUGUUCAUUCAUUGCCUAGAACAUAUUGUUAGUGAGAAGGAUUGCGAGAAGGCAAAGUUAAAGGAAAAGCAAGGUCUUGAAAAGUUGUCUUUGGAAUGGUGUGGGAAUGGUGAAACUGAUAACUCACAGAAAGAAAAAACCAUACUGAACAGCCUGCAACCACAUACAAAUUUGAAGAACCUAGAUAUCUAUGACUAUCCAGGAACAGAAUUUCCAGAGUGGUUGGGAGAUCACUCCUUCUACAAUUUGGUGUCCGUACUGCUUAAUGGCAGUAAAUAUUGCUACAAGCUGCCUCCCCUUGGACAACUUCCAAUGUUGAAAGAGCUUCAGAUCAGUAAAUUUGAGGGACUAGUGAGUGUGGGAUCUGAGUUUCUUGGAAACAGAACCUCUUACGUAACCGAUUGCUUUCCUGCACUAGAAAUUCUAAGGAUUGAGUAUAUGCCAUCAUGGGAGAAAUGGUAUCCUAAUGCUGAAAAUGCAGGAACCAAAGCUUUCUUUCAUCUGAGAGAGUUUCAUAUUGGUAACUGUCCCAAACUGAGAGGAGAUUUACCAGAUAAACUUCCAUCUUUGACAUUACUUGUAAUCAGAGAUUGUAAACGUUUACUUUGUUCACUUCCUAAUUCUCCAUCUCUGCGCGUGCUGAAUGUUCAGAAUUGUGAGAGUCUAGAAUUCCAAGUACACUCACCUUGUUGCCAUCAAUCACUGACAUCAUUGUUCUUGCACGGUAGCUGCGACUCACUCGUGUUCUUGCCUUUAGAUCUCUUCCCCAACAUCAAGUCUUUAGAUAUAUGGGGGUGUAAAAAUCUUGAAGCACUUACUGUUUCAGAAUCAGAUUCAACUCCUCCAACUUUCAAGUCCCUCCAUUCCUUGCGCAUAAGACACUGUCCGAAUUUCACAUCAUUUCCCAAGGGUGGAUUUGCAGCAUCAAAGCUCACUUUGUUAACCAUCAACUACUGUCAGAAGUUGAAUUCUCUGCCUGAACAAAUGCAUGACCUUAUGCCAAGUUUGAAGGAAGUUCAACUGAGGGGAUGUCCCAAAAUUGAGUCAUCAAGAAUGAGGCCACUCAGGAUCAGGAUUUGCAGCAAACACAUGGAAGGCAAACAAAACCUCUCUGAUCCUCUCUUUGCAAGGUUGAAAGGUUUGGCCACUGAUCAAAGCCCCUCAUCAAGUUAGACAAGAUAAAUGCAAUGAUUUUCAAGCAAUCACAAGGAACUAUAAUACAAAUUUACAGUGUAGUCAUGUAACAUAACUAAGAUGAUUAAAAUGGGUUUGAUCAAUCAUAGCUUCUACUUAUUACGUAUAUAAUGUAGAACUAUUCACUAAUGUUCACUUUGUAAGUUUAGCUUUUGGAAAAGAUGAGCUAUGAUAU